AUUAUCCUAUGAAACAACUGAAAUUUCUGAAAUCCCAUCACAUCAUUAACGUUCAGAAUUUCAAAUGUGGACAUAAACGUAAUUUCCAUCAAUUCCAAAAACAAAAAAAUAUCUAUGUAAUUCAAAUUCUAAUCUAAAAGAAAGUAAAAUAGUGAUGUUGAUACGAAGGGCUGUGCUGCAUUUGCAGUGCUCAACCUCAAAACUCAAAGUCGCGCCCAUCCACAGCAGAUAAGAUUAGCGCCACGUGGCGCUUUGGUCAUGGUGCCAAGCGAUAAGGCACUGAUCCAUCUAUGUGGUCGCAAAACGGACAUGACAUCCAACGGCCCACAUCCAGCGCCACUCCCCAACAUGCAACCCACAGCCCUCCGAUGCAAAUCCGCAAUCACCAAUUACAAAGCAGCGCUGCAUCGCAUUAUAAAGGGUGGGGGCAACCAACCAUCACACACAUUGAGUUAACUGAGAGAAAAAAAUGGCUUCCUCAAUGCUCUCCACCGCUGCCACCGUCACCCCUGCUCAAGCCAGCAUGGUGGCUCCUUUCACCGGCCUCAAGUCCGUCUCCGCCUUCCCCGGCAGCCGCAAGAGCGCCGACAUCACCAGCAUCGCCAGCAACGGCGGCAGAGUCUCGUGCAUGCAGGUGUGGCCGACGGAGGGACUGAAGAAGUUCGAGACGUUGUCGUACUUGCCCCCUCUAUCAAGGGAGCAACUGUUGAAGGAAGUUGAAUACCUGAUCCGCAAGAAUCUCAUUCCUUGCCUGGAGUUCGAGUUGAAGGAUGGAUUCAUAUCCCGGUUCAACAACAGAUCUCCAGGAUACUACGAUGGAAGGUACUGGACAAUGUGGAAGCUGCCCAUGUUUGGCUGCACUGACCCCGUGCAGGUGCUCAAGGAGUUGGACGAGUGCUCCACUCUUCACCCCAACGCCUUCAUCAGAAUCAUCGGAUUCGACAACGUUCGUCAGGUGCAGAUCAUCAGUUUCAUCGCCCACAGGCCACCGGGCUUCUAAGCAACAUUGUCUCUCCUCUCCUCUGAUCUUCAUGAAUUUGAUUUCAUGAGGGCGUGGUGGGAAUGAAUGUUUGCUAGGGUUUUCCAGCUUCCUUUUUUUUUUUUAUUUCAUUUUGUACCCAAACUUAUUUUGUGAAUUUCCUCAUCUACUCUUUCUCUGAUCGGAUCUCUCGAUGGAAUGUAUGAGCAUAAAUAUCAUAUCAUGAACAAUCAUCGAUCCCUUUUUAGCUAUAAUAAAAUAUAAUGCAUAUUUGUUUUUAA